GAUUAUCUACUGUUUGUUCGGUGCCCCCACUCCAAAUUUUGGACACACCUCCAAGACGACAACCACACUCCCCUCAUCUUGAUUCUUCUAGUCCUGGUACCAGCAUCCCUCCGCAACAACAGCAACACAGUGACAUGGAUGACACAGUCAUGUUAGAAAUGCAUCCAGUAAGCGAAGGAAUCAGCCCCCCAGCACCUGUGAGUACUCCCCCACAGCAAAGCACACCACCACUCCAACACAGCCCAACAACACCAGUAACACAAGGACCUGAUCAAGUGUUCUGGACCAUUUGGGCUAGACAGCAGGCCACUAAUGAAGAUUGCCUGCGUAGGCAGACCCAAAUGUUUGCAAGCCUACCAUCUCACCUCAGACGAAUCAGCAGAAAUCUGAGUAGACAAAAUGAAACAAACACAAGAAUUGCAAAUACCAUGGAAAUCAUACGUGUAGACAUUACACAUGUCAUGGGCAACUUACAGCGCAUAAUGGAAGAACAGCACAGACAACAGCAAAGCUAUAUAAACAUUUUAGAAAGCAAUCAAAUGAUCAAUGAAUCCAUGUCCAGAAUUGUAGACAAUCAAAAUGCUGCAACACGUGAACUCAAUGCCACCCUCACUAACCUCAAUGAAACACUCAGAUCCCUGCAGCAACAGCAAACAAGCAGCAGUUCUGGUACGACUACUCCAAAUGUAACGCCAGUGUCAUCACCACCAAGGCGCUCCACCAGAGCACGCCAACACGACAGUGGUAAAGGCAAAGGCCAGGACAAACAACCACCCAAAUAAACAUAAAAAAACCACACCCAUUUCUUUAAAGAGAAGAGGAAAAAAACACUUACCAAGUGUAUGAUUAACAGAAUAUAUAUAACACUUAGCUCCUUGACAAUUAGUACAACAUCAUUAAUUAUAACUGGUACAAACAACAAAAGGAAUUUUGUACGCACAUUUCUUCUUCAUCAUCUUUGUAUUUAAUGUUAGCAGGAAACUUGUUUGAGCUGCACAUAGAUGUUAGCAUGCAGAAAGCAGACCACUUGAUUUUUUCUAAUCAUUACUCUUCCUAGAUUCUAAUCAUUCUUUGAGCCAGCAGACAGACUAAUUGGCAGCCAGGCAGAUUCAUCCAUGACCAAUACAAUUUACAAUGUGAAUUGUAACUGUUUUACAUUU